CCUCAUACAUACCUCUAGCAUUCAACACUGGUCCCUCUUCCGAUACUGUGCGGUUGGUCUUCAAGCACCUAUUGACAAGGAUGAAGGAAAAGAAGGAUCAUGGAAUGCAUUGUACUUCACACAACCGCUUGCACUUUGUUUCAUCAACUUCUUUCUUUCUCAUCCCGGUUCAAGGGUACCAAACUCAUGUCAAGGGAGAAGUGCCUUGACGCAGUGCCGGCACUUUCGAUCGGUUAACACCACUCCCAUACUAUGGGCCUCUGCUUCUUCCUCUGAUACUCCUCUCCCACUCAGUUAUUGUACCUCUAGAUUUUGAUUAGCCCUGCGACAGUUGUUCAAGUUCUGUGACGAGGUUCUCAUCUCAAGAAACUCCAUCAUGGAGCCAUUGAUCACAGAUGAAAAGCCCCGAUAUGCUCGUCUGCAUGGUGAUGAUGAGAACAUUCCCGAGAAUCCAGAGGCACUAGCUCUGGUUCAGAAGUGGAAGCGAAGUUUCUACAUCCUUCUCGCGUCCUCUCUUUCCGUCAUAUUCAUUCUCUUUGGAGUCGGAAUCUACAGCAUCUUGUCAUUGCAAGAUUGUUCACCAUCAAAGCCUGGAGUUGUAAUACCGUAUUCGCCGGCCCCAGUCAAAUACGUCAACAAAUGGCUAACCGGUGACCCGGACACCAAAAAGUUCAUGGGCAAACCUCGUCCUGAACUCGACCAAGCAUGGCACGACCUCCUUGACAGCACUUUGAUCAGGUACUCUGCCGAUGAGCUCUUCCUCGCCAACAAUGCUACCUCUGUCCAGCACAAAGAUGGUGGCUUCGUCGGUGGGCUGGGUAUUUCCCAUUCGUUGCAUUGCCUUAAACGACUGAAGCAAUACAUUCACCCAGAGUACUACUACAACCAUGAGACGCAAGACUGGGACGAGCUCUACUCACACGCCGACCACUGUCUCGAGUCUUUGCGUCAGGAAAUCCUGUGUAACGCCGAUGUGAACAUCUACACAUUGAAGUGGACGCCGCACAGCCGAUUCAAGCCUACCGUAAAGGUACCGCAGCCCCAUGCCUGUGUCGACUGGGAGGCCCUCCAUGACUGGAUGAAGGGAAGACAGGCUAGGUUGGAAGACAUGGUGGGUCCGCCCGAAAGCUUGUUUGAGGGGAAAGACUCCAAGGAGAAAGCGAGUGCGAAGAGUGCGCAAGAAGGGUAAAGGAAGGGGGAUUGGGAAGCGAAAGAGGAAAGUAAAAGGGGGUGAAAUUGCGAAGACAAUGAUCGAAUAUUCUCUGGCAUAGCAAAGGCAGUUCGAACAGACACUGAACUAACCAUCUUUGAACCCGGG